AGUGUGAAGUCUGGUGGGAGGCCAGUGGUCAGGACUCCUGGGUUCUGUUCCUUCUACUGACUGUGACCUUUGGGCAAAUCUUUUCCCCUGGCUGUAGCGUGGGGCUAAAAGUGGCCACCACCUGGUGGGUGGCAUUGCGAGGGUUAAUUUGUUAAGUCUGUACCAUGCGUUGGGACCCAUUGAUAGCAAAUACGUUAGCAACGCAGCUUACUGAAGAUCUGAUUUCUGGUUUUCUUUAGAUGCCCUGCCAAUGUCCACAAUUUGCUAUUCAGGGCGACAUUGCUGGGUGUCGGCAAGCUCUGCAAACAUGGACUAAUCCUUGCAAACUCCCGGGAAGUCGGGCUGGGUUACCAAGCCAGCUGAGACCCAGAGCGAGUGGGUUUUUUUUGUUUUGCUGAGGCUGCACGCCAGGUUCCCAGCCUGCUGCUUCCCCCACUAGACAACGCUGUCUCUGGUGUUUCUAUGAGGUGGCCAGAGCUCUAUCUGGGGCUUGGCGAGGGACUGCUCGUUAAUUAGGUGCAUGCUGCCACCCCGGUAGGGAGGCCAGAGGCAGAGCCUGCAGUCCAAGGAGACCAGGCAGACCAAGGAAGGACGAUUACCCCGUUUUACCCGUGGGGAACUAAGGCACAGGCUUUGUCUUCGCUGACCCCAAAGUGCCCGGCGAGAGAGCAAGCAGGGGUAGUUCUGUCCCUGUGAAAUGCUGCUGGAGACAGGGGGCAUGUGGUGCGUGCGGCUUGAGAGCAUGAGGCCGGCUCCUGUUUCCUCUGUGGUUUUGCAGCAAUGUGGCUGAAGGAAGAUGCUGUCCCGCCGGGGCUGCAAACCUGAGGUCCUCAUCCUGACGGUGGUGGGGAUCGGCGGCCUCCUCUUCCUCUUCGUGACCAACGAGGGCGAGCACGUGAGGAAGGCUGUCACAAGAGUCAGCAGUACCAGCCCCUCCACUCCCACGCCCAGCGUCCCCACCACCCCGCGUCACGUCCCCGAGUGCAAGGAGAACUCCUCGGUGGCCGACAUCUCCGGCUUCGCUGACCUGCCCGGCCACAUACAGGACUUCCUGCGCUACAAGCACUGCAAGGAAUUCCCCCAGCUGCUGGACGCCCCCGACAAGUGCGGGGGGGCCGAGGGUUCCCCAGGGGUCUUCCUCCUCCUGGCCAUCAAGUCGUCGCCCGGGAAUUACGAGCGGCGGGAGAUCAUCCGCAAGACCUGGGGGGAGGAGAGGACGUACCAAGGGGUCCGGAUCCGCAGGCUCUUCCUCUCCGGGGAGGCGGGGGAUGCGCGGGAGGCCUGGAAACUGAACCGGCUGCUGCGGCUGGAGGCGGCGGAGUAUGGGGACGUGCUGCAGUGGGCGUUCCUUGACAGCUUCUUCAACCUGACCCUCAAGCAGGUGCUGUUCCACGGCUGGCUGGAGGCCCGCUGCCCCGGCGCCCGCUUCCUCUUCAACGGGGACGACGACGUCUUCGCCAACACGGACAACGUGGUGCAGUACCUGCUGGGCAUGCGGGGCGCCAACGACGGCGACGGGCACCUCUACGUGGGGCAGCUGAUCGCCAACGUGGGCCCCAUCCGCGAGAAGUGGAGCAAGUACUACGUGCCCGAGCAGGUCUCCACCACCAACUCCUACCCGCCCUACUGCGCGGGCGGCGGGAUACUCCUGUCCGGCUUCACUGCCCGCACCAUCUACAAGGAGUCGCUGGGCAUCGAGCUCUUCCCCAUAGACGACGUCUACCUGGGCAUGUGCCUGCAGAAAGCUGGGCUGGCCCCGGCCUCCCACAUGGGCAUCCGGACCGUGGGCGUCAGGGUGCCCUCCUCCAAGCUGGAGUCUUUUGAUCCCUGCUACUACAAGGAGUUGCUGCUGGUGCACCGCUUCGUGCCCUACGAGAUGCUGGUGAUGUGGCGGGCCAUUCACGAGCCGGACCUGCACUGCGGGAAGAAGCUGCAAGUCUAUCAGAGUGUCUGAGCGGACCCUGGAAUCCGAGGGGAGGGGGCAUCGGGGAGGGAUGUAAUGCGAGGUUGAAGGUGCUAGGGCAUCGGCGGGUGAUGCCGCCCAUCUAGGUCUUCGCUGCUGUGCCCUGAAUGCUCCAGACCCAUCACCUCUUUCUUGCUCUUGAGGCCUAUUCCAGGAAGUCCCGGCUCCAGGGGGCGGGACUUCCAGGAACGAGCCUCAGCAGGACUUACGGUUGGCUAGCAUGCAUGAGGUGCACAGAGAUGCUGAACGGCUCACUGGCUUCUGGUCCUGUCCCAACUGGUUUGGCCCAUUUGCCAUUCUUGGGAUAUCAGAAGCUUUUCCCACAGCUCCUCCCUUCCCCGUGGCGGCGAUAAGCAUUUCGAGCUGCUGCAGGGAUCCCUUUGGGGCGGCUACCUCCGAGAAAGCAACUGCCAGAAGGCCGCCAGACCGGUGUGUCUCUGGGGUUGAGGGGGGAAUUUCUGCCUCCUUGACUAACGGGCACAUUGCCACCUGGGUGCCCGAAUCCUGGGGCAGGAUGUCACUGGCUUGGCCGAUGCCCAGACACUGCGUCUCUGGGGCCGAAGGUCCAAACGCAGCAGGAAAUGGGUAGGGUGUCUCGCAUGAGGAGCUUGGCUCGCAUCCCAGGCCCAGCCCCUGUUUCACCGGCGGCCCUAAGCACAGGAGACGGGUGUCCUGCACAUCCCCACUCCAGAGCUCGGGGGCCAGAUCUGCCCUGGCGUAACCAGCUGUGGCCCCGUAAAGUCAAUGGAGUGGUGCCUAGCGAGCUCUGGGGCUCCGAUGCAGAAGCAGACAGUACGAGGGGGAUGAGUCUGGUGUUCUCAGCUGGGCCCGCAGGGGAUCUCUGGCCUCCUCAGCUCCAGCCCAGUCCCUUGCUGCUAACGGUCUGGUUGGUGGAUAUAUUGACUGGCAGGGCUGAGAGCAGAGAGAAGCGGUGUCUGCUCCCCACCCGCCCCUGCUCCUUGUGAGUCUGUUUGCCCUAUGGACUAAGCUGGCAGGGGGCAAAGCGGGAGAUAAACCAGCUUGAAGGAUCAGAGCGUCAGCCCCCCGGGUGGCUCUGGGGCAGCUGUAGAAAAGCUCAGGAGGGCGUGUGUGUGUGUGUGUGUGUGGCUACCCCCCCUUGCAGGACACGGCUGAUAGUUACUAACUGAACUGGGCCCUUUCCAUUCAGGCCUGUGGCUUGGUUCAUGUAGGACUUGGCACGGCCAGAUGGGCACGGGGGGCUGGUAGAGGCCCAACAUACAACCCUCCCUGGAUCUGCCCGAG